GUAUAGAAGCAGUCCUCCCAAGUGCGCACGCGAGACCAUAUGAUUAUCGCCUGAGUGAUGAUCACGUAAUAGAUCCAUUCACAGAUAGUGAAUAUGACGAUAAAUUCAGUCGUACAGACACUGAAGAGGCAGCUGGAGGAUGUGGUGGUGAUCGAAGUCCCAGCCUUGCAGAGGAUGCGGGGCUGGGCACCCGAAAGGGCCGCGUACCACUGCGUGCAAGCACAGAGCAUGCACCAAGCUGGCGAUACCAGCCUAAAGGGCAAGGUUCAGAAGCCGGCUUCGUCUGGGGAUGAUGCUGGGACGGGAACAGUUGUCUCCCCCGACCCAGCGGACCCGUCAAGGGAGACUGGAACCACUCUGCGGGAUGUUACAACACCGGCAAGUGGUUCCGAGAAGACAUCCUCUCCAAGCCCCCAGGCGACGGUGAGCGUAGAGACUCCCCCUGCCCAGCAGAAUAUUUGUGCGGGGGGGGGGGGGGGGGGGGGGGGGGGGGGCAGCCCCCAGAAAGGGCAAGGGACUUCUGCCACUAAUGCCUUGACAACAUUGAGUGCUUUAGUGGUACAUCCAGUCCCCAAGCUAGUGAAGAGGGGGAAGCUCCCGAUCAAGCGGCGGACCUUGGAUUGGGGGACGCUGGAGACAUCAUGUCCUCUCCAGCCCCCAAGACUGCUGCAGCAGCUCCCCAGGGCGCCGCUCCCCAACAACCAGGCCAUUGAUGAGCUGAUCAUCUCUCUUGUCAGGGAUUCUCCCGCCAAGGAGACGGAAGGAGCUCCGUCCUGGGGAGAUGGUCAACUCCAGUCAACAGAAAUCCUCACAGGUGAGCCAAUCUUGCCGCCUCCCUUGAACUUUGACGAUCUUCCUUUUGCUCGGCUUGCUCAUCCGAAAGAAGAAAUAGGUCCAGCGUCCCAAGAAGUAAUCUUGGAGUGCACCAUCAAGGACGCUGGACCCAAAGAUGGGGAGAAGACUUCGCUGGCCGUGAACGAGAGUGCUUCAAUUGCUCCUGCACAAAGGCCACCACUACCAGCGGACAAGAUCAAGCUUGUAUAA